UUAGAGUGAUUAAAGUAAAUUAAAGUAUGUAGCAUGGUGGAGUGUACCAUGGCGCUACAUAGUUCAAGAAAAAUAUAUUUUCAUAAGUUGUAAAAACAAUUGUUGUGUGUAGCCAUUUAUGCUCGAAUAUUUUUAACAUGGAGACACGAACAAACGAGAUUUUAACAACAGGCUCGAUAGCAACGGUUAAAGAAGAACCACACGACCAAACUGGCGCGAAGCAAGAGAUGCCACAAUCUCAAGUACAGGGCGUUUGCAUUGAGGAAGAGUGUGAACAACGUAUCGAGUGCACAACCGAGAGCCAGGAAAAUGAAACGCGUACAUUUUUAUCGAAAUGUGUAUUCUGUGGAAAAACAUUCGUUUUUGGUGAUGAACCAAAACUUCUCGAGUGUUUACAUGCAGCAUGUUCUGCAUGUGUCAACAGUAAACUGAGCGAUCACAAUACAUCGGUCGACGUGGAUGUUUUGUUGGAAAGCAAUGUUAUUGCUUGUCAAAUUUGUAAUGUUACUACUCAAGCAGACAAUUUAAUAGAGAACAGGUUUCUCUCAAAAUUUAUAGAGGAAGAUAGUAGCCCAGGUACAGACGACGAAUCUAAAGAAACAGAAGAAGAAAAGAAGUGUACCAGCUGUCAUGAUAAUGCUAAUGCUACCAGUUGGUGUGUAGAGUGCGAAGAAUUUAUCUGUCAGAACUGUGUUAUGGCACAUCAAAGAUUAAAAAUAACAAAGGAUCAUACUAUUAAACCAAAGGAUGAAGUUGCCAAUGAUAGAGAUAAUGUUAAAAAAAACAACAAAAAGAUACCUGGCUAUUUAUUUUGUAUAAUUCAUUCACACGAACAGUUGUCUUUAUUUUGUCAAACAUGUGAUAAACUUACUUGUAGGGACUGUCAGUUAAGCGAACAUAGAGAUCAUAAGUACAAAUUUAUUCAUGAAAUUGCUGCCGAAACACGUGCUUCUGUAUCAACUUUACUUAAAGAAGUCAGUUACAAACGAGUUUUAUUAAAAAGCGCAAUGAAAGUUAUAGAAGAUAGGCAAGUUCUUAUUCUGGAAAAGAAAAAAAAUUUAGUACAAGAUAUAACGCAAAUGGUGGUGCAGUUAACAAACGCAAUUAAUACACGGGGAAAGCAAUUAGUUAUGCGCUUGAACGAAGUGUGCGAUCAAAAGCAAAACACACUUAAUGAGAAAAAAGUUGCUUUAGACCAAUUAUCAAAGCUUACAGAUCAUUGCAUCCAAUUUGUGACUCAUGCCUUAAAGAAGGGUUCAGACAUGGAAUUACUUUACAGUAAAAAAUCUGUUACGAGUCAUUUGCAAAGAAUAAAGAGCAGACGAGCUGACAUUCCAAACCCAGAAAUACCUGUUAGAAUACAUUUAUCUUUGGAAAAAGUACCAGAUUUGAUAAAAGUGGUCUCAUCAAUUGGAGCCAUAGUUGUGGAUGGUAGAGUAUAUCCUUCGAUUUCUCCAUUGGCUGGGAUAAGUACACCAUCUAUGUCGUACAAUGAAUCUCAAUCAGAUCAGAAACAAACAACUAAUUUAUCAAAUGCGCCCAUGGAUGGUUCUCCCAUAACUGCACAAAUACCUCCUACGACGCAGCAAUCAAAUAAUAUACAACAAAAUUCCUAUCAACAAGUGCCUCUUCAUUUAACGCCUCAACAACAACAAACCGUGCCACAACAACAGCAGCAGCAACAAUCGCAGCAGCAGCAGCAAGCGCAGCAACAGCAACAAGCGCAAUCGCAAAAUUACAUGCAACAUUAUACUAUGACUAAUAUGCCGCCUCGAUCGUCACCGCAGGGACAUCAACCACAGGCACAUCAACCACGUGUGCCAUACACAGUUAACUUUAACAGUAGACUACAGCAACCAUUAAUGAUGCAGCAACGUCCAUUGGGAAGUUGUCAUCAACAAGUAACGUCAUCUACGCAUCCUCAUCAGCAAGUUCAUAUAGAUCAACUUGGACAAAAUACAAGUUUACGUGGGCUUCUUGCACAUAAUCCUCCUCCCUACCGACCUUCUACAAAUCAUGUACCAUAUCGGUUGCCACCCUAUAGGUAUCCUUCGAGUAAUUCUCAACGACCGGGACCGCAACAUCCGUAUCAACCGACAAAUACAUCUAUGGUAUCUGGAAUAAGACUUCAACAAUGUAAUCCAGGUUCUCCGUCUGCGCAGCAUUUAAAUUAUCCUGUGCCGCAACCCGGUACAGCUCGUUGGCACAUACCCCAAAAUGUUAAUCCCUGUCUUCCUUAUUAUCCUUCUCGCCAUCAACCCACUCCUCCAAUGCCAGUUCCUAUCAAUGAUACUUAUAAAAUAACACUAAAAAAUCAACAAUCAAACGUCAAUCAAAAAUACAAUACACAAACAAAUACUGCUCCCGAUAAUCCACCCCAAUCGCAAAGUUCUGUAUCCGUUGGUCAUACAGUCAGCUCAUCGGUACCUAAAACACCUAGUCCUGUGCCUCCUGGAAAAUCGGAUGAAACAGAAAAGAGUUUGGACAAGUUUUGCCAAAAAUCUUUAAACGAUUUAAUGCUUACUAUUGCAAAAUUAGAUAGUAAUGGAAUCGUAGUAAUACCAGAAGCCCAACGAAAUCAAUUGGAUUCUGCUCAAGUAGAUAGUUCAACCGAUGAGGGAAUGAAUCCAAUGGCUGAAAAUUCAUCAGAUAAUUCAAAAAAUGCUGCAGCAUCCAUGACAAAGGAUGAUCCUAACGAGGACUGGUGUGCAGUAUGCAUGGAUGGAGGAGAUGCAGUACUUUGUUGUGAUAAAUGCCCAAAAGUCUUCCACUUAUAUUGUCAUAUUCCUAGCUUAAAAUCGUUCCCCGAUGAAAGCGAAACUUGGCAAUGUAUGUUAUGUACAAACGUACUCGAUUGCUCAGACGAAUCAUUAGGAGAAAAAAGGCCAAACACAAUGAGUAUGAAAGAGUUACGAAUCGCACAAAGAAUUGUGCUGGAACUUUAUUGUCAACACGAGCAAAGUUUACCUUUCCGUGAAGUUGUUUCUAACGAAAUAGUUGAUUAUCAUCGUAUUAUAAAGAAACCAAUUGCAUUAGACGUAAUUAGAGAUAAAUUAAAGCCUGAGCACCCGAAUCAUUACACGGAUUUAAGGCAAGUUAUGGCGGACAUCAGAUUAAUGUUCAAGAAUGCUUUUACAUACAACCCAGUUGAAUCACAAGUGUACCAAGAAGCUCGUAAUUUAGAAGAAUUUUUUGAGAAACUCUUGCUAAAAUGGGCGCCAAACUAUGCUUACGACGAUCCUUUUCUUUCUGCUGAUAAAGAUGAAGACGAGGAAGUGUUCCCGCCUAAUAGAAAAUACCGUCGCAUAGUGACCGACUAAUCUUUUCACAACUAACCACUUGAAGGAGUAUGUUAUUUUUAAAACACAUAGUAGAAUUCUACUUGAAAGCAGUCCAUCAACAUAUCUUAUUUACAUUAAAUAUUGCUUUUCGUGUUUAAUAAAUUUAUGUAGUACAUUAUAAAUGUUUUAAAAAUACUAACGAAACAAUUGCACUCAGUAAAGACAUUUAUAAUUGUAGUAUAAUAUUUGUUUAGAUGUCUUGUUUAAUAGAAGAAAUUUGACAUUCAACUGCAUGAAUUUAUAAAUUAACGGUGAAUGUAUUUUUAUUGAUAAUUUUUGUCCAUAAUAUAACUGUUGGUAUUAUUGAUGAAUUCGUUACGAAGUCGAUUUCUGAAAUACUUAUCAUUGAGUUGUACAUUUCAAUGAAUUAUUAACGAAUAAUUAUAUUAGUUAUACAAUGAAGUAUUUCAGUAAAUACACAAGUAUAUUUUUUAGAAAGUAUUACGACCUUAUACUAUGCAUAAUAUCAUUCUAAUAAAAUUAAAUUCUAUAGUCUAAACGUUGUAUUACUUGUUGAUAGAAUGUUAUAGUUGACUAUGUUAUAAAAAACAUUGAUUGAACAAUUUAUGAACUGAUAUCACCUUCACAUAUUUUUUUGAAGGAAAUCAUUAAUUCUUUUAUACAAUACUCUGAAAUAUGCAUGGUAUUUAACAAUCGAAUACAUAAUUGAUUGUUGCGAGAUAAUGUAUCGAACGGAUUACAUUAAUGGUCCGAUUUCAUAGUUACUUUAUUCUUUUACAUUUACGAUUUUGUUUAAAUUAAGAUAUUUUAAUCCUAUCGCAUUUACUUAAUAGCACUCGAAUGUAGGGAACUUGUCAGAUAUGCAUUGAAUUAAAUAUAUACACUAUACAAAAAUGAAUCAGUUUCGCAAAGGAAUGUUAACUUAAAUUUUUAAGAUCCUUUUGCUUUCUAUGCAAUUGUAAUUUGCAACAAAAAAUGUAUAAGACAAAUUAGUUGUGUCACUUUUUACAUAAUAAAAUGAAAUUAAUGUUUUAAAAUGCUAUUGUGUAAUAAAUAAAAGACCAUUACAUAUCAUGAA